GCUUCAAUGAACCUUGUUCUCGUUUGGCUCCCAUCGGUCUCAUUUCACAUCUUUAACUUGGAGAAAAAAUGAGAACCAAAAUUGAGGAGAAGUUCUCCAACUUCUUUGAAACAUGGAUGUCUAAACUAGAAGAAUAUGUACAGCAUCAUCUCACUCUCAAAAAAGAGAACAAAUCUUCUGAUGAGGAGGUACAUUAUGUGCCAUUAGUGAACAAAUUAACACAACAUCACAAAGAUUACUACACUGCCAAAUGGGCUUGCGCCAGUGAGGAUGUUUUGGCCUUUUUUACACCUGUUUGGUUGAGCCCUUUGGAGAAUGCAUAUCUAUGGAUCACUGGUUGGAAGCCGUCAAUGAUUUUGAGGCUUGUUGAUUCGCUAAGGAAAGGCCAAGUACCCGGUGCAACAAGUCUGGCUGAUUUGAGUGAAGAGCAAGUGAAAAAGAUUGAAGGUUUGAGGAGCAGGAUUAGGGUGGAUGAGGAGAAGGUGGAGAGGGAGAUGGAAAGGCAGCAAGUGGCCAUGGCGGAUAGGAAGAUGGUGGAGCUGGCGAGGCUGGUGAGUUUAACCAAGAAUGGCGAGCACCUGGCGGCGGCCUCGAGUAGUCAGAUCAAUGGGCUUGUGGAGAUGGCGACAAAAGAGCUGCUGGCUGGCUUGGAAAAAGUGAUGAAAAUGGCUGAUUGUGUGAGGCUUAAGACUCUGAAAGGAGUGUUGGAUGUGUUGAAUCCAAUGCAGAGUGCGGACUUCUUGGCUUCUUCAUCAGUGCUGCAAAUUCAGAUGAGAAAAUGGGGGAAGAAAAGAGAAAAAAGGUCCGUUAAUGAAUGUGAAAAUCACAAGUAGCUAGUAAUUAUGUUUAGUAGAAUCUAGUUGGUGCAUAAUAUAUGUGUAAUAUAUGCACCUGUAAUGAUGUGGUGUGGCUUGUCUUUUUUAUUUUCAUGAAAAAUGUAAUGUUAAAAAACCAGAAAAUAAUUCUAUUAAAGAGCUCAAGGUCA